AUGACAAAAGGAAAUUGCGGUACAAUAACCGAAUUAGUAGACGCGAUAAGUCUCAUGACAACAAGUUUGAUGGCAGUCCUGAAGAUUCUCUUGCCCUGGAGCCACCGAAGACGAGUUGCUUCCCUCGUUAUUUCCGUAGUGCAAGACUGGUCUCAGGUUAACAGUAAAAAAUGCCAGGAGGUGAUGCUGAGGUACGCCUUCAUAGGUCGAGUGGUUUUCAUCGUGCAGAUGUCUGGGGCCUACAUGACGAUAAUUCCCCUCAUCCUGACGCGACUCCCCAGAUCUGUGGAGUUGAUAGAUGCUGAUAACAGGAGUCUAUUCCUGAGGAACAUACCGAUAGGUCCCAGAUGCUGGGUCUCCCUGGAGAUCUCCACCUUCACUUACUCCCUUUAUUACAUUUUUGUCUGCGUUCAUUUAUUUAUUCUGGCGACUUCGUAUCUCGGUGGUGAUGUCUUCGCUUUCGGUCUUGCCAUGCAUCUCUGUGGACAAUUUGAAUUACUGUACAGAAGUUUCGAGAAAUUCGAUGGCAACGAGACAUCAGUUAUUCAGCGGAAAAUCGUCUCGCAAUUCGCCAAAAGACAUAAUUCACUUCUCAAUCUAGCCGAUGACUUUGAAACUGCAUUCAGUCUGUUGAUCUUGUUUGAACUGGGGGCUAAUGCAUUUAUCAUCUCCAUUUCAGAAAUAAUUUUGCUCCGCGCCAUUAAAAUAGGAGACACUCAGAUCAUAUCAGCGAUGGCCAUCCGAAUUUACCUAAUGUACAUCCAAAUAUUCAUGUACAGUUACAUAGGCGAGCAUCUGUCAAGACAAGCGGAGAAAUUACAAGUGUCUAUUUACAGCAGUCGUUGGUACAAGUUGCCACCAAUUAUUGUAAGAGAUCUAAAAUUCAUUAUGAUGCGCAACAAUCACUUGUUCCAUUUAACCGCUGGUAAAAUCUGGAAUAUGGACUACCAGAAUUUCAAAUUUAUCGUCAAAUCCAUGUUCUCGUAUUUCUCAAUCCUCCGACUGAUGAUCAAGGAUUAA